AUGGCCCGUCCAAUCAUUCAUACUACUCCCGAGGCAAAAUUAGCCGCUGCCCGUGAAAAGCGCCAACGCUAUUAUGCUAAUGUUCCUGACUCACAGGCUUGUCCCAAAAGACACAAAGACCUAAUUCUCCAGAGACGGAGACAACUUCGUCCCCCCAAGCGUGACAUGAAGGAAUCACGGAAGAUGUUGAAAGCUAUUUCCAAAGCUUUACAUGGCUCUGACAGCGAUGAGGACUCCAAGUCUGAAUCUUCGGAUGAUGAGAGUUCCGAGUCCUCUGACGCAGACAACCUAUCCGAUCUCACGCAGUGUUUGUUCGCUCUCAAGAUUAUCAAGGACGAGAUGUUGACAUUGACAGAUGAUCCUUGCGCCUUUGUCCAAAGUGUCUUCUCAGAGUAUGUCAAGACUCUGGAUGGCAGCGUUAAAGGUGAUGUCACCAUCCUCGAAAAACCAAUGGCCACGGUUGAAGGUUUACUCAAGCGCGUAAUUCCCAUCCACGAUCAGAUUCUUAAUUUCUGUGGGAUCUCACCUGAGUGGCGAGCCGUUGACUCGGUGUCCCGCUUCUUGAGGACUAUUCUUGCAUACCUAGAGGAUAUCCUAGGUCUUGUGACAUUUGACGGAGCUGGAGAGCUUGCAGUGGCUCACUCGAUGGGUGAAUUUAUGUAUCAGAAGGGCAUCAGACUUUGA